UAUAUGAUCGCUUACAUGAUAGCGUAACGCAAGUAGAGUGAGACACCGUAUACUUCAUAUCAUUUGUUAUACAUUUAUAAUUGUUUCCCGGACUUAUUGUGUGAUUCAUGGAAAAACAAAGAUACAGGAAAUAAGAAAAUUACUAAGUAAAAUUGAAGGUAGAUAAUAACUCAAAACAUAAUAAUGACUACAAAUUAAUGUAUAGAAAACUCUUGAUUAAAAAUAUCACUAUGAUAAGUUCAGUAGAAUAAUGUUUCUUCUAUAAAGAAUUCAAUACCAGCCGUAAAGUGUAUAAAUAGAUUGAUCUUACAGUUUUGUCAGAUAUACAGAAUAUGUACGUUUUGUAAAAGUCUAACUUAAACCAACAGAAAUUUAUUUUUCCCGCAAGUAUCAAGAUCUAUAACGUGCAAUGUUGAACUGUACUGAAAUUAAACAAAUAAACACAACAAUGCGUGACAAUACAUCUGAAAUUAUAACAGAGGCACAAAUGCCAUGGAAUACAACGGAAAAUGUAACCACGGGUACUGACAAAGAUGCAGAGUGUGGUAACGAAACGGAGGUCGUCGUGUCGGAAUAUCUCUGGAAAAUUAUUCCGCCGAUUUUAUUUUUUGUCGGAUUGACGGGAAACACUUUGACAAUAAUAGUAAUUAAAAGACUUGGGUUUAGAAAACAACCAACAUUGACGUUUCUUCUGUGUUUGGCAAUAAGUGAUAUUGUUGUCUUAUGUACGGGGCUACCCCGGUACUGGAUACUCUACGUGUUCGACUAUGAUCUCAAAACGGCGAGUAAUGCCAACUGCAAACUGUAUUAUUUCUUUCUGUAUAUGACGAUGCAAUACUCUUCAUGGAUUCUUGUCGGUGUCACAGUGGAAAGACUAAUCAAAGUUUAUUUUCCAUUGAAGUAUAGAAGUUUAUAUAAUUACAGAAAAGUUAUAAUUGAACUUAUUUUAACCUUGUUUGUUUUAAUUUUAGUCAAUGGACAUUUCUUUUUUACAAACGGUAUUAAUGAGUACACAGAAGGUGAUUGUAGCUCUCUCAAUCCUGACUUAUUUUACUUUGACGAUAACGUGUUUACGUUUAUUGACUUUUCUGUUCUCAGUGUUGUACCUUUCAUUAUAAUGCUUGGAUGUAACAUUCUACUCGUGAAAGUCCUCAAACAAGUACAACGGGACCGAGUCUCUAUGAUGCAUGAAUCCGUUUAUGUGCGAACCAACCGUUUUAGUGUCAAAAUGACGAAAAUGUUGGUCGUAUGCACAUUCUAUUUCUUAAUUGCCACAGCUCCGAUUUCUAUAUACUUUAUAUUGGACACAUACCUGUUACCCGAGUAUGAAAACAACAACAACUGUACGGCAAUAUCGAGAAUGGAUCUGGCAUGGAGUAUCACCUACCUACUUCAGUAUUCUAACUCUUGCAUAAACUUCUACCUAUAUACUGCUAUGAACGACAGAUUUUAUAAAGAACUUAAAGCUUUGCUACGCUGCCGUCGGAGUUUACGUAUGACGAGAGUAUACACUACACAACGUCAAGGUAGCAACGGUCGAAAGCUAGCAUCAUCAGCGAGGUCUACAAGCGAUGGUUUAGAUAACUCCGUCUCUGAUGAAAAUCGUGUUUGAAUAUACAUGUAUACGGACAGACAGUUCAAAUACAUUCAAACUUACACGCAACAUUCUAGAGCUUGAUAAUAUUGUUGGAGAGUUAAUGGUGCCUUUGGACGGUUUUCUAAUUGUGUGUAUAACAAGUGUCCACAAAUUCUGUGCCAGAGUGCGGAUAACAAGCCUCCAAUAUUACAACAGAAAGCCACAAAUCGCUUUAUAACAUGAUGUUCGGUAAAAUAUAAUAUGUAACACCUGUAAGUUUCAGUUGUUUCUGUUCAUUUUUACCUACAUAUCUUAACACAUGUACAUUUUUUAAUCAUGUCUUUUGCAGGUCCAAUUUUUGUAUGGAUAGUUAGUGCGGAUACCCUAAAGACGCACCUCUUAACAGAAACACACAUUAGAUUUCUGCAUCUGUUACAACAGUUAAAAAACAUUGUCAAAGAAACUUGACUCGAACGUAAAAACUGUUUUAGGUCUUUUAAGAAUGAUGUAAAAUUAUUUAGCAAAAAUAAGAAGGAUCUAAGGAGAACAUUAUCUACCAUUAUCUACCAGAAAAUCUCAUCUUUCACACCUUCUAAUAAGCACAUAAUUUAAAACGUUACUGUGUCGGAGUUCAAGUGGUCUUAAUUUAGAAAAAAAUCAAUAAAAGGCACAUUCCUGAAAUUCUGCAUCUAUGUUCAUUUCAACCGGGCAGAGGGUACAUUCGUGUAUAAGUUUACACGCUUAAAACAGUUUGUUAUUCCAUUCGCUUAAAAUGUGUGUUAUUUUUCAUUGCGAUGUAUUACAGUUAUUUUGAUUCAUGUUCUGUCAUAUUUUAAGUGUUCGUUGUCGAUAUUGUGCAA